UCUAGUAACAUUGAAAUUACGCAUUGAAGAUUGUGCUUUAACCAAGGUGCAUGAACGAUCGAUAAUCUCAUCUAUCUUUGAACUAUGUAAUCGUGUAGACCAUACGUGUUUAUGGAUGUUUCAAUCGUUGACAGCUGUCAAUCGUACAUAAGUUGGUAGUGAGUCACGGCAUUGGCAGUAGUACUAGACAAACCUAAUCAAGCACUUGCUUUUUGGCCUUCAAGUUUUGAGCUGGUCCAACAUAGGUAUUGCACAUCAUCACCUACUUUUUUGUUCAGAUGUCCAGGUAUUUUUUCGAUAUAACAGGCAUGGCGUCCAGCUCUGUCAGCCAGGAGGACUUUGACAAUGAUUUUGAAUUAACAUCUAGAAGGCCUAGGGUCAGAACUGCAAGGGCACGAGUUGUCCCACCCAGAACAGAUUGCCCUUCCAUAAACUUUCAAAGCAAUAAUAUGGCGCUUCAAAGAAGUGCACAAAAUGUGGAAGAAUCUCAAGGUGGAUGCGACACAAGUUCUAAUAGUGUUCUUCCACCUGAACAUGAGAAUCAGCAGAAUAAGCCAAUAAUGAGGAAACAGGACAAACGGGUGACUGGCCGUGUCUUUAGUGUCGUAUCCUGUUUGCACAGGCCAACGCAUAUAAACAAGGGAAAGCAGCAACGUGAUCGACGGAAGCUUCGAGAAAAGAGACGAAGUACUGGAGUAGUACAUUUGCCAUCAACGGAGAGUACAGGAGGUAGUACAGGAGAAGAUGAAGAAGAUCUUAGUGGCACUUGUCUUGAAACUAAACACAACACACAUCACAAUGAGUUCCUUGAUCAUGAACUCAUAGAAGAACGGACAGCAAAAAUGUUUACUCAAAGGCGAAACAAAAGGCAUUACCGUACUUCCUACAGGUCAUGUAUAAAUAGGCACAGUUGCCAUUCCGAUUUGGAGGCAGAUGACGAGGAAUUCGAUUCCUUGAAUCAGUCUGAUAGUGUUAAUCAAUCAGACCAUGGAAAUCACGAGCCACAAACAUCUGUGAACACUGUGAAUCAACCAAGACUGUCACCAACAUCAGGAGAUAAUCUACAUGAAUUGGUAGAACGUGCGCAAGAAGAAAAUCGAAGGCUGCUAUCGUUUUUGGAGGAUCGAGAUCAUAAAAUAAUGGCUCUCGAGGCUCGGUUGGUUCAACAACAGCAUGAGAUGGCCAUAGAACGCGAGCGACUUCGGGAGGAGAAUGCUGCAUUAAUUCGCGCGAUGGCAGGCUUGGCGAGUAAUUAACUUUCCUAUUCGCGAAACAAUCUGAUUUAUUAAUCCUAUGGCCGAUUCUAGAAGUCGGGGAUCAGCAGUUAAAAAAGCUAUAUAUACAUAUACACACACGCAUAUACCAAUAGUUUGUAAGUAAUUAUGAAUUUACUUGUUAAUGAUAGCCGAGAGGAUAGAAAAAUGGUUUUAAAGAAAACUGAUUAUCUAUUAAUGAUUUAUGCUGGAAAAGAAUCGGGGUAAGUUGUGUAGUAUAUACAUACAAUCGGCUCUUAAUUUCUGUAAUCAUGUUUUUUGCAACAAGCAAUAGAUUGUCGUGUUCGACCAAGUAACUAUACUUUAUCCGCUUCACUUGUAGUGCUUCAUUUAUGCGAAUUCUUCUUCCAUAGCGGAAAGAACUGAAGAAUUAUUUCGCGGGUUCGCAUGGAGACGAUAUCUAAUCUCGAGCGAUAAGUUCAAGCAAAUAUGUUUUUUCGCGAUCUAACAAAAUAACGGAAUAAGAGGUGCUCCAAUUUGUUAUGUCAUUGUUGUUAGACCAGAGAAUGUGCAAAGUAAAUAUUGGAAGUUUUAUGCCUGAAAAUACCUAAGACUCUUCGAGUGUCAUGUCUGCGUAGUAUUUAUUAUAACUCGAAUUGUACGAUGUCUGUUUUAUACUCGAGUGGAUUUAUUGGUAACGUAGUUAUUCCGUAUAAAACUUUUUACUCACGAAAAUUUUCGCUUCGUCGCGCAAAUAUAUUGGUGUAACGUUAGUACAAGGGCGUACUGCGAACCUGUAUAAAAUUAGGCACGGUCUAUACAGAACGUGUAAAUAGGAGAGCACAAAACUAGCAAGCCCAUAUCGAUUUAUAUGCAUUUAAUUCAAACAAACGACAAAACUUCCGCAUUUUCAGCCACGAACAGAAUGAAACAUAACGAACAGGGGUACGUCAUAGAUGAAGAAGGAUUAAGAAGUUUAGCAUGACCCCUAAAAUUAUUAUUGCUAUUACUACUACUAGUUAUAUCGUUACAACCUAAUACUUACUUACAGCGGAACGUAUCUAUAUAUUUAGAAAGCAGGAGACUGAGAGUACACGAGUACACUGUGCAUGUGAGCGACCAGUACCGAGAGAAAGUAACAGAUUGAAUUUGUAUUUACGUACUUUAUCGUGUGCACAAUCAUUAUAUUUUUAUUCGUCGAUAUGACGUACUGAAUAAUGCAAAAAAAAGAGAAAAAAAGAAAAAGAAAAAAAAAAGAAGAAACGCUAAGGGAACCUAUCUGCUUAUUAAGUUUAUCGUGUGCAUGUUUCACGGCCAUCUUGAAUUUGUUUCUGAUAUGAGAAAUCACGUCUUGAAAAAGCAUGUAGAAAAGAAUGCUCGGUCUAAGAGGAUUAACCGAUUCGAUGGCGAGAAUUUGGAAACUUUAUUAUAUUCGAAAUUCAAUAUUUUCUGUCUAAAUAAACAUUUUCUUAAUAAUGAUAUCUUUUAUAUUACAUCUGCCCUACUAUACAAAAUUCUUUCCUCCUUUCUCUGCACAUGUUAAAAUUUAUGCGAUACCCGUGCGUUACUGUGCCUCUAUAUUACUGUAUACCACCAUAGAGUAUACAAUAUGUAUGACAAACGACGAGUCAUGACAGCUGAAAGAGAGAAUUGAUCGAGAAAGCGUGCGGUUUAUACUUUUAUUCAUAAAAUAACUAAAUUUUGAUAUGAUACAAUAGUUGUCCUCGCGUAUGCACAAUUACUUUACGUUACAUUUAACUGUACAUUGAAAAACGAAAAAAGUACCCGAUCGUACGGCAACGUUUCCGCAAAAGAAUUGUCGAUCAACUCGGUGCAGCAUCUACUAACCAUCCCAAGACGUGUGUACGCAAACCUUAACAUGUGCAUACCGAUGCAGAAAGACACCAGCAAUAAAGGGAUACAUCAAACUACGAUAAAUCAUAACCGUUAAGGAUCUAGGGUUAGCGUAAAGUAGAACUGGAUAAAGCAGUGUCCAAAAUAGGGAGCGGCAAGAUGGUCUUAGGAACUUAUUCGGCCGCGUGGCGCUAGUAGUAGUAACCUCUUAGCUAUAUUACGCGUGUUGGUACAAUUUACCGAUCUUACGACUACGCUUUUACCAGUUCCAGUACAAAAUUACACCGAGUACUAUUUUUCAUCGUUACACGGCAACGACGACUGUUUAUCGCAGGUCGACAUACAUUUUAUUGUUAAAGUUCUUCCACCAUCCAGUAAACACUACAUACAUAUCGUACAUUCUCAUGACGCAACAGGUACUACGCUCGUAGCUCUCUGCUUCUCCCCUUCUAUCGAAUAGAGCUCUCUUUUUUAUUUAUUACAUGACGCCGAUCGGUCUCUCUUUUCUCUCUGCGCAAUUAUCUUCGUGAUCGCCUGUGUCUUUGCUUGGUGAAUAUUUACAACGCUAUUUGCUAACACUUUUUACAAGGUCUACACGAAACGUCACGGCGCCAAAACUAUCAUAGGAGAUGCGAACAGAAAUUGUUCCCUUCGAAUGUGACAUUCUUCGCGAUCUACAAGAAAUGGACAAAAAAAAAGAAAAAAGAAAAAAGAAACAAAAAAAGAAUAGAAGGCGACGUCUUUUUGAUAUGUACCGUUUCCUCGAGAGAAUUAGAGAAUCUGAAGGAACUUGCUCUGCCUCGUUAUGCUAUACACACACACACAUAUAUAUAUAUUUAAUAUAUAACGUGAACAUAUAUGUAUGACGUGAACCUAUAUUCUCUUUUCCAUUUCACGCACAGCAGGUCUCUUUUUCUCUUGUCGAGCUUUUAUUGUCAACAGUUUUGAGUCUCUCUAACGUAGAAAGGCAUAUCGGUUUAAGCGAUUUUUUGAACAGCUGCUCGGUUUGAUUUAACAGCGGCGAUUGUCGUGUCGUACAGUUACUUCGCACACGUUCAUAAUUUUUUUUCCUUUUCCUUCCUUUAUUUUUUUUUUUUUUUUUUUUUUUUUUUUUUUU